CGGCCCGGGCGCCGGUGGGGGAGGAGCGGGUGGCGGGGAACGUGUGUUGGACGUUGCACGCAGGCUGGUGCGCGGAGCUCAAGCUGGAACGGGAGUUCGGGCCGGCCCGGCGCGCGGAAAGCGAGUGCCCCGAGCAGGGUUCAUUGAAAAAUCCUUAGUGAUAUUGACAUGUUUCAAGUGACAUAAAUUAGCCAAUGACUCGGAAUGAUGGAUUCCCAGAAGAUUGGAAAUGGUUUGCCUGUGAUUGGACCAGGGACUGAUAUAGGGAAAUCUUCACUCCACAUGGUGGGGUAUUUGGGAAAAAGUUAUGAUUCAGCUAAAGUUCCAUCAGAUGGGUAUUGCCCUGCUUGUCGAGAGAAAGGAAAGUUAAAAGCCUUGAAGACUUACCGAAUUAGUUUUCAAGAGUCUAUCUUUUUAUGUGAGGAUCUGCAGUGCAUCUACCCUUUGGGCUUUAAAUCACUUCAGAACUUAAUUUCUCCUGAUUUGGAUGAUUGUCACACUCCAAAUAAGCCUCAGAAAAGAAAAGUCUUGGAAACCAACUGUCAAGAUUUGGUUCUUUCAGCAAAUUCCAAAAAGACAAAACACCAAACUGAUGAUGAACACGCUUUGAAGGACGUACAGAGUGGAGAAGUGUAUGCCAGAGCCUCACCAAGUUUACAGGCCCAUCCUCAGCAGAAUUCCUUUAAAACGACUGAUAAGGCGCAAACUGAGAUUUUGGAAACUGACCUUGUGGAGGUGGCUGUGGACGGAGCCCCGCCCAGGGUCAGUGUCUCUGGACCUGGAGAGACAUCCCCUCGGAAUGAAGGCUGUGCAUCUCAGCCUGAACCGUCCUCAGAGGGCACCGUGGUGGCCCAGACUUCGUAUGUGCAGUGGGAGAAUGCUUACGCUCUCUGUUGGUUAGACUGCAUACUCUCAGCAUUGGUGCAUUUGCAAGUGCUCAAAAACAAAGUGCUAGACCUAUGUGCCCAGGAGGAAUCCGUGUUCCGGAGGUUGUUUGCAAGAUUCAGAGAAGCCAAUAAGCUGCUGCACAGCUCUCGGCUCGACCCAGCUACAGGUGGAGAGUGUAAAAAGCUCAAUUCAGAAGUAUUUAGAAAGAUAGAGACCUCCUUAAAUGAAAUCAGAGAUGACAUUUUUACUAGACUUCAACCUCAGCUUAGAUGCACAUUAGGUGAUAUGGAAAGCCCCGUGUUUGCAUUUCCCCUGCUUUUAAAAAUGGAGCCCCAGGUGGAAAACCUCUUCAAGUAUUCUUUUUCUUGGAACUUUGAAUGUUCACAGUGUGGCCACAAAUAUCAAAACAGGUGUACGAAGAAUCUGGUCACCUUUACAAAUGUCAUCCCCAAGUGGCACCCACUUAAUGCUGUCCACUUUGGUCCAUGUAACAACUGCAGCAGUAAGCCACAAAUAAGAAAAAUGGUAUUGGAAAAUCUCUCUUCCGUAUUCAUGCUGCACUUCGUGGAGGGCUUGCCGCAGAAUGACUUGCAGUGCUACUCGUUUCAUUUUGAAGGCUGUCUUUAUCAGAUCACUUCCGUGAUUCAGUACCAAGCAAAUAAUCACUUCAUAACAUGGAUUUUAGGUGCUGAUGGAAGUUGGCUGGAAUGCGAUGACCUAAAGGGGCCUUGUUCUAAGAGGCGUGAGAAAUUUGAAGUGCCUGCUUCAGAGAUCCAUAUUGUUAUUUGGGAAAGAAAAAUCUCCCAAAUGACAGAUAAGGCUGCUGCCUGUCUUCCGCGUAAAAAGAUCAUUGAUCAGCAUGCUUUGGGUGGUGAGAGACAAGUAUCUGCACCAGUGAAUUCUGUGGGUCAGACUGCCUCAGCUAAGAUAUCCUCCAGCGUUCACACUGUGGAUGUGUCUGUGGCCCCAAAAACUCACUCACAGGAUGCAGCUGUAGCGCCUAGUGAUACUUCGGUUAAUGGAAACAUUUUCCUUUUGACACUUGAAGAAAUCAAGGCUAACUCUGAAGGUUUCCUACUGGAUAAUAGACCUGUAGCAGAAGCCACGGGGCCUGUCAAGCUAGAUACUCGGCCGUCGUGUGAGUCGGUAAGGCCUUUGGUGUCGGCGGCAGGCAGGGCACCACUCUCCCCGGGUAAUUGUGCGGCUCUCAGCUCUCCGCCUGCAGUUGUAAAUAGCAGCACACAGUCAGGACCGCUCAGUUCCAAGCACUUUGUUGGUGCUGGCACGGUGGGGACUGACCCUGCUGCUGGCCCCACGCAGGGAGUGAAAUCAGUGGAAAUGGAGGGAUCUGUUGGUCUGGAGACGAACGCUUCAUUAGAACAGUUCCUUCCACCAAAAACCCAGAGUGUGGAACUAGUACCGCACUCAUCUCCAGAAGUGAACCUGAAGAAAGAGACAGUGGUAGCCUCUCAGACGGUCACAGUCAAAUCGCUCCCGACUCCCUCUCCGAAAGUAGCCUCUCGGACGGUCACAGUCAAAUCGCUCCCGACUCCCUCUCCGAAAGAAAAUCAGAAGAAGCCCUUUGUGGGCAGCUGGGUCAAAGGCUUACUCAGCAGAGGUGUUUCUUUCAUGCCUCCUUGUGUCACGGCACAUAGUAGGAAUGCCGUCACUGACUUGCAGCCUUCCGUUAAGGGGGCAUGUAAUUUUGGUGGCUUUAAAACUAAAGGCACAAAUCAGAAGGCCAGCCGGGCUGCCAAGAAAACUCACAGGAGCACAAGCAAGUCAUCGAGUGGCAUGAUUUGUCACCCUCCUGCUGAUGUUAGCAUCAGUGCGGAAGUUUGCAAGAAAGCUGGAAACACUUCCUCUGGAACUCAGCUCAACCACAGUUCUCCUGAAACUAAAAAUGGUGUUUCUUGUGAUAAUGGUGCUUCUGCAGCAAACCACAGAGACUCAGUUGAGGCCCAGAUUCACAAACUUCGUCUAAAACUUCUUAAAAAGCUUAAAGCAAAAAAGAAGAAGUUAGCUGCACUUUCGUCUUCCCCCAAAAAUGGAACACUUCCGAGUGGAAAUUCAGAACCUGUGACUCAAGGCUCUCCAAAUGAAUGUGAAUCAAUAGAAGACUUAUUAAAAGAACUGCAGUAUCAGAUUGAUAUGGCCGAUAAUAAAUCCGCAUGCCCUGACGACUCCAGUGUUUCACCCUGCAGUGGUCAGACUCAUGAAGAAAUUUUAGCAGAAUUGCUUUCUCCUGCAGCUGUUGUUUCAACAGAGCUCUCAGAAAAUGGGGAGGCUGACUUUAGGUAUUUAGAAAUGGGAGAUAAUCACAUCCCAGCACCAGUAACUAGUGAGUUAAGCAAUAUUCCCCCAGACACUCCUCUAAGACAGGACCAUAAUUACUGCAGCCCCAGCAAGAAGAAUCAGUGUCGAGUUCAGCUAGACUCACCAGCAAAUGAUGCCUGUGUGAGAUCGUUGAGCUUGGAGAGUACCCUGAAGACUGAUAUUUUUGAUGAGUUUUUUUCCACUUCAGCAUUCGAGUCUUUAGCAAAUGACACAUUAGACUUACCUCAUUUUGAUGAGUAUCUGUUUGAAAGUUGUUGAAUGCUUUUUAUUUCAGUUUAAUAUUUAUUGCUCUUAGAACAUUUCCUUGUUUUUAGGUAGUGUUGAGACACUGACUUUGUCAUAAACAGAAUGUAAGCUGCUGAAGGUCAUACUUUGGGUUCUGCCCCCAAAAGCAUGUGAGCUAUUUUAUAAGGCACAAUGAUCCAGAAUCUGUCCUCCUUGUUGUGUUUUAUUUUGUGGAUGGAGAUGAAUGAGAAUUUCAAAAUGUUAAAAAUAAAAACUACUGUCUGGA